UUUUAAUGUUUAAAAUAUUAUAUUUGAUUAGGUUUAAUAGGAAAUUAGAAACAGCCAAUCUAUUACAAUAAAUUAUGAUACUUCUAUGGAUAAGGAUAUAUUAUUAAAAAUUAUAGAGGAACUAUAUAAAGUUGGUUAUGAUGUUGUAGCAACUGUCAGUGAUACAGGGCCUACAAACAUURGCUUAUGGCAUACUUUAAAUAUAAAUAUGGAAAAAACAUCAUUUAAGCAUCCCAUUUCUAAUAAUAAUGUCCAUGUGUUUGCAGUCGUACCUCACAUAAUUAAACUAGCUAGGAACCAUUUCCUUGACAAGUUACAUUAAUAUAAACUUACAAAAUUGAAUUAGUUAAUUAAUUAAAUUGUUCUUUCAGAGGAUUUAUUUUUCCGAUAAAAAGUAUAUAGGGAAAAAUAUACUACAAGAGUUACUAAAUUUAAAUGCAGGGAAAGAUUUUAAAUUGGCUCAUAAACUUAGAGCGUCACAUUAAUUUCAAAGGAUGAAUGUAAGGUUGGCCGUCAAUGUAUUUUCUAAUACAGUGUCUAAGGCACUUUCGUUUGUGGCCAACAACAUAUGAUUGAUCAGUACAACUGGAAAGAGACUAAGAAGUAAGUCGUAUAUUAAUAUAUAAAAUUUUAAUUUAUCAUAAACAAUAAUAUGAUUAUAUAUUAGAAUAUUAUUAGGCUUCUGAGGUCAUUGGACUUUUUAAUGAUUGGUUCGAUUUGUUGAAUACACAACACAAUUUCRAUAAAGGAAAUGAAAGUUAUGGUCUAAAUUUUGAAAAACAACUUGAUUUAUUAACRAAAAUGACAAAUUUUAUUACAAAUAUGAGAGUUCAUGGAAAGAAUUAUCUUUUACCAUUUCAAAAAGGUAUAGCUAUCUCAAAUACAUCACUCAUUAAUUUGUUCAACGAUUUAAAUGCACGAGGGCUGUCUUUUAUUUUAACAAGGAAAUUAAACCAGGAUGUUGUUGAGAACCUCUUUAGCUUUUUAAAGGGUAUGGCCGGUUCUGCAUGUAACAGUAUAACUGUCCUUGAUUUUAAAUAUUGCCUACGUUGGUAUAUUUUGGGGAAGAAUUCCAACUUUGUUUUUACUGAAAACCACAAUUCGGAAAAUGAUUUAGAAGAAAGUCUUUUAAAUAAUUCUGAGUGUUUAACUAKUGAAGUUAUUCAAGAUUCUGAAUUGUUACCUGACUUGUUUUCUUUAGACACUCAUGAUAAUGAGUUGGCUGAAAUUGAGUUGACAUUUGGCACAGCAAUGGCAAAUAUUCCAUAG